UUCUGGCUAUAGGCACUCUCCCCUCUAGCCUGGCUUGGCCAUCUACCCUGUAAGUGUAGUCAACUUCAUUUCCUUUCAGCAGAUUUCAUCAUCAGUAUUACUCAUGUGCUCACCAAUCAAAGUGACACUGUGGUAGAGAUAUGAAAGUAAGUGUGGUGCAGGUGAGCAUUCAGGACUCCUCUUUGUAAUUUGUAGCAAAUUACUCAAAUAUUCCACUCUUUUGUUGAUCUGUGAAUAUUUGAGAAAUGAAUUUUCCUCUGUAAACAUUGCUUUGUCUCCUUUAGACUGGCAGAGGACAGUGCAGCAGCCCCCACACAAAACUACAAUUUGCACAUGGCUAAAGUCCGUGGUUAUCUUACAGCAUCCUGGGCACGUGAAGUAGGAAUUGGUCUCUGCAGCAGGUGCUGCUUCUUGCAUUUCCUGUUCAUUUCUGUAGAGAGAUGGAGGAGCUCCUUUGCUUGAGGUAUUCCACUGUUAGAUGAUUGACUACAGAAUGGAAGGAAACAGAAGACAGAAGCCUUUAUCUGAACCUUUCUUUGCUUAAAGAAUCCAUCAGGGAUGCUGAUUCUCAGGAGCCUGGCACCUCAAAGGAUGCAAGUGCUUCAAAUGGACCUGUCCGAAGACUACUGGUGCACGGUCCGAUAAAGUUAAGAACGGGUGAUAAGAAAACAAAGCGUCAGGCUUUUUUGUACAAGGAUGAGCUGAAGAUUUCCAAUGUUCGGUACGGCAAAAAUAUUUACUACAAACAUGUAAUCCCUGUCAAUGAAAUAUGGAUUUCCAAAUGCAUUGUUGAGGAAGGUGAUACCAGUGCCUCCAGGUGCCUGAAUAUUGGGUGGCCAAUGGUCAACUACAGGGCCAAGUUCUUUUCCAGAACAUUCAUGGAAAAAUGGGAACGCUUGCUGGACAGGUGUAUAACUGAGUCGAAAGAGAAAGAUCAAAAGCAGACCACACUUCUGCAGAUAGAAUCACUCACCGAUAGCAACAUUCCUUAUUCUGGAAUUAUAACAGUUACCAAUUUAGACACCGUGAAUGACGUUAUCCAUAUGGCACUACCAGUGCUAGGAUUAAGUGGCUCAGAAACGGACUACCAAAUGUGGGUCUAUUCAAACCAGAGAAAGAACUCUUACCCACUCAUUGGGUAUGAAUGUCCAUAUGCUAUUCAAGCAAGCUACCAUCGAGCUGCUCUUCAUAAUCAUGAACCGGGGAAGUCCACCUCCACCCUGAGCAUGGAGGAUCCUGUUCUGGACAUCUUGUCUUAUGGAGGGAUCCAGUUCGUUUUGAAGCCCAGGCACGUGGCUGAAAGGCCGCGCCGCUGCGGCUUUCCCACGAACUGGCUGUCUUGCUGGGGCAUUACCAGAAGCCAUAAUGACGUGCCCCAGGACGCCGCUCCUGCUCUUUCAGUGCCAACAUUCCUGAGAGUGUCUGGUGUGGAGGACCUGAUGCUCACGCUUUGGGAGUUGAUCCGCCUUAUCAAGCAGAAAGGGCCAAAGACAGAGAAUAUUUUUCAAAAAGUUGGUGACCUAAAGUCAUUUAUAGCCCUGAAGGAAAGAUUCAAUACAGGAGAUAGAGGCGACUGGGGCAAUGAAUCGCCACUUGUGUUAGCAACACUAUUAAAGGAUUGCCUUCGAGCCUUUCCUAACACCCUGUUUUCAGCUGACCUCUAUGAUCAGUGGCUGAAUGUUCUUGAUGAAGGCAAUGACGAGGAGGCCAGAGACAUCCAGAGGCUUUUAGCCCAUCUGCCCAGAGCUAACGCAGCUGUCCUAAGACACUUGUUUUCAUCAUUAUAUGCAAUCUCACGUAAUGCAUCAUACAAUCAAAUGACUACAUCAAAGUUAGCUUUGUGCAUCACCCCGAGCCUUCUGUGUGUCUGGCGAUCUACUUCAACAAGCCCAGCCCUCGAAGGCGAAUUGAGGAGAAAGAUUUCCCUUGUGGAGUUUAUGAUUGCAAGUUAUCCCAGAAUAUUUGGAGAUGACCAGAAGUCUAAGAAGAGCUGUAUGAAUUCCAAAAGAAACUUUGGAGAGAGUAGCCGGCAAGUCAUCGCCACUGCGGGGCAGAGUGCUGCCGGCCUAGAUGCCGAGCCUGACAACCAAGAACCAGUGCCGGACGUGCCACAGCCAGGCGUGACUAUGAAUGCUGAAACCAAGCCCCGCCACGGUGCUGUGGUCUCUCUAAUCUUGUUACACAAGGUUGUCCCCAAACUUGUAGCGCCCUCAGUUGAACUUAUGAGCAGUCUCUUUGGCUCAUGUGUGGUUGCUGGAAACCUUUGA